GGAUAAAGAAAUUCAGUUUGUUCUUAUUUACAGUGCAUACAACUGACUCCAUAAGUAUCUACAAAUCGUGCUGUAUCUCAGAAGAGUGCUCAAACGGCCGUUUCACUAGAGAGGUCACGGUGUGCUCUGUAUUUCAUUCUAUCAUUCCUUACCGUCAAAGGUAAUUAAGACCUAAAGCACUUUUGUUUUUCAAAAAGACGUCGGAAAGAUAGUACUUUUCGAAGAGAAUACAAAUCGUGGAAGCUGGUCCAUCAUGUCCAUACUGGCUAGUCAAGCCACCAACAAAACUCUGACCAGCAAUACAUCCACAAGGGCACUUCAAAAUCCACCAUGGAUCAUAUCGAUGUCUGAGGAUUCAAGAAUAUCACUGAUAGCUUGUUAUUGUGUACUCUUAUUGCUGGCUGUUUUUGGCAAUUCUUCUGUUGUUGCUAUUGUUUGCAAAAAUCGACAGAUGCAGACCACCAUGAACUUCCUCAUCGUCAACAUGGCGGUAUCUGAUUUAGCAGGAUCACUAGUCACAAUACCACGUAAACUUUCAGUACUUUCAAUUCUGUCAUACGAAUUUGAUGCUCCUGACAUCCUGGGAAAAAUCUUAUGCAAGCUAUGUCCUUUCAUUCGCGAUGUGUCAAUCACUAUUUCAAUAGAAAGUAUGGUAGCUAUUGCACUUGAUCGCUUCUUAGCGGUGGUUUACCCAAUGAGAUCCAAACCUCGCAUUCUCAACAUGAAAUUCAUGAUACCUCUCACAUGGUUUGCUGGUUCAGCCAUGUUUUCUUUAAACAUUGUGUUAUUUGAACUCAAAUCAUUUCAAGAAAUUCAUCUUUGCUUGAAUGAAUGGCCAGUCAGUUUUCUUAUAGCACGUGAAGCAUAUUAUGGAGCAUUCAUAACUCUAUCGUUCAUCGUACCGACGGUUGCCCUUACUGCCCUGUAUUUUACUAUUGUCUGCAAAAUCAAGUCUCAAGCUAUUCCAGGUCAACGAUCAUUGGAAUACCUAGCAAGAAGACGAAAACAGAACACCAACAUCAUCAAGUUGUCAGCUGCAAUAGUUCUGACCUUUUUUGUCUGUUGGCUUCCUCAUCACACUCUUGGAGCUUUAAUGACUUUUGUCUGGAAAGGAAAACUACCAAAAAGUGUUGGACCUUUCUUUGAUAUUAUCAGUGAAACGAUAGAAUUUGUUUCUUUCAUGAGCUUUGCAACAAACCCAGUAAUUUGUUUGACAUUCAGCAGUAAAUAUAAAGACUGCAUGAAGAAACUUAUUUUAAUUCCAGACUUGUUUUCAAAACAGCGCCAAGGUGUCUUGAAUGUAAAUACCCAAAGACCAACGAAUAUUAGUCAAGAAAUGAUCACAUUGAGUAUGACUAAUUUAACUGUGACCUAAAGGCGCAAUAAUUGGACAAUUUUUGCUGCUACUGCUCUCGCAUCAGCAGCGUUGUGACAAAAGUUACAUGAGUGGUUUACACUGUGCAACGAAGACGCAAACGAUUGCCGCACCUCGCCUCGCAACUGCUUAUUGCACUGUAAGUUACACGCUGCAAUGUUCCAUGCAAUCAGCUUUCUCCUUGCAGAAAAAAUUGCUACGUGUAAUCGCGCCUUAAGAAUACAUGCAUUAUUUGCUAGUAAAUAAAUACUUUAUGCAGA